UUUAACAUUUUUUUAAUUUUUAGUAAUAUUGUUUAAAACGCGUUUUUUCAAAAAUGAUACCCCAGGGUCACACUAAAUCCCGCUCUUUCUAAAAACAUAAAUACCAAAUUUUUUCUUUUCCCGCCAUAUAAAACUUUGACGCACGCAUAUUGAGAGGGUUGUGGAAGCUCAGAAAUUUUUUAACAUUUUAAUUUCAUUGAAUUGUUCCAAGAAAAAUGGUUGUUACGCCAGAGAAGAAGUCGCCCAAGGCAAUCAUGAAGGUUUCACCUACGAAAUCGCCAAUGAAAAUAUCCCCAGCUAAGCGGCAAUUGUUGCUGGAGGAGAAUGUUAAGCCCAUGGAAGUGGAACAGAAGGAGAAGCCCGACCAGCGCAAUCGGGAUGAAGAGCAAUAUUUGGAUUUGCUGAGGUCCAUCAUUGAACGUGGCGAAACUCGCAUAGAUCGCACACGAGUUGGCACCUUGUCGAUAUUUGGGAGUCAAAUGCGUUUCGAUAUGCGGGAAUCUUUUCCGCUAUUGACCACCAAACGUGUCUUCUUCCGGGCUGUGGCAGAAGAGUUGCUUUGGUUUAUCAAAGGAAAGACCGAUGCCAAAAUAUUGCAGGAUAAGAAUGUUCAUAUUUGGGAUGGCAAUAGCACUCGAGAAUUUCUGGACAAUUUAGGAUUCACCGAUCGGGCUGUUGGUGACUUGGGACCCGUCUAUGGGUUUCAGUGGCGUCAUUUUGGGGCAGAGUAUCGUACUUGCCAGGAUGACUAUACUGGUCAGGGAGUCGAUCAGUUGCGUCAGGUCAUUGAGACCAUAAAAACGAAUCCUUCUGAUCGUCGCAUCAUAAUGUCAGCAUGGAAUCCAUUGGACUUACCCAAAAUGGCAUUGCCGCCAUGCCAUUGUCUGGCCCAGUUCUAUGUUUCGCAGUCGCGUAACGAAUUAUCCUGUCAACUGUAUCAGCGCAGUGCCGAUAUGGGUUUGGGUGUUCCUUUCAACAUCGCCUCGUAUGCUCUGCUCACCUAUAUGAUAGCCCAUGUGACUGGCUUAAAGCCCGGCGAUUUUGUCCAUACCAUGGGGGACACUCAUGUCUACCUCAGUCAUGUGGAGCCCAUCAAGGAGCAAUUGAAGCGCACACCGCGUCCCUUCCCAAAGUUGGCAUUUAAACGUCAAGUCACUGACAUUGAAGAUUUCACCUAUGAAGACAUUGAGAUUGUCAAUUAUAACCCCUAUCCAAAAAUUCAAAUGGAAAUGGCAGUAUAAAGAUCAGAGCCGGCUCUAAUGAUGUCGAUUUUUAAAUCCCAUUAGACAUGCGAUUAAAUCGGAACGAGGUGUAUUCCCACACACACACAUAGGUAUAACGGUGUAUUGUCAAAAAUUCAAUAUUUGUGUUAAUAGUUCUUAAGUUCAGAAAAUAUAUGUAUGUAAUCUCAAUAAUUUGAAACAAUAUGUUCUUCAAAAUCUUAGGAUUUUCGAUUAAGUAUUAUCAAGAAUUUGCUGUACUUUUGAGAAAUAAAUCGGAAAUAAAUGUUUCAUUAAGGACGAAA